AUGUCACCAAGGCUGAGCGCUGGUAAAAGGAAUCAUCACUGUUCUCUCAAGCGACACAAUGAGACAUCUCGGGAACUAAAACAAAUCAGAUCAGGGAGAAAGAAUUCCAUAUCAGACCAUUCUGGGUUUUUGUUUGGAUCUGUUAAUGAGAAAUCAGUGAUGGAGUUCGCCCCUGUUAACAACAGCACCGAGCCCUGGUGGCUGACCCCCUCGAUGUGGAAAGAGGUCUGCCCGCUCUCUCUGGGUGGCACAACCUUCCUGAUAAUGGCCUACAGUGCGAUGUUGGCAGUGGGUCUGGUGGGCAACACCUGCCUGGUCCUAGUCAUCCUGCGGCAAAAGGAGAUGCGCAACGUUACCAACAUCUUCAUUGCCAACCUUUCGUUCUCUGACAUCCUCAUGUGCGUCAUAUGCUUGCCCAGCACCAUAACCUACACACUGAUGGACAGGUGGAUUCUUGGAGAGGCUCUGUGCAAGCUGUCGCAGUACGCUCAGUGCAUGUCCAUCACGGUCUCCGUGUACACCUUGGUGCUCAUCACAUUGGAGAGGCAUCAGCUCAUCAUCCAUCCCACUGGCUGGAAGCCCGUGCUCGGGCACUCAUACCUGGCCGUGGGUGUCACCUGGAUUGUCGCGUGCUUCAUCUCGCUGCCCUUUCUGUCUUUCACUAUUCUAGUCAACUUCAAGGCACACAACUUUAGCCUUCCCAUAGGCUUCUCUGGCGACCAUCUGAUCUGCAUGGAGAUGUGGCCUUCAAAUGAAAAUCGCUUAGCGUACACCACAUCGCUGUUCGUGUUCCAAUACUGCCUGCCUUUGGCCCUCAUCGCCAUCUGUUACUUGCGCAUUUUCCUGCGCCUCAGUAGACGCAAGGACAUCAUCGAAAGGACGCGGGAUGCGGACCAACGCAAGGCCAAACACUCCAGGCGUAUCAACAUCAUGCUGGCUUCCAUUGUUGCGCUCUUUGCACUCUGCUGGCUGCCCCUGAAUGUCUUCAACACCAUUUUCGACUGGAACCACGAGAUCAUCACGUACUGCCACGACGCCGUCUUCUCGGUGUGCCACCUCAUAGCCAUGAUUUCUACCUGCGUCAACCCGGUCAUCUACGGCUUCCUUAACAACAACUUCCAAAAGGAGCUGAAGACGCUCCUCUACCAGUGCCGCUGCUGGCAGGUACCACAGAAUUACGAGAGCUUCCCGCUGUCCACCGUCAGCACGGACGUGACCAAGGGAUACGUUCUCAGCAACGGUUCCGACAGCAUCACCGUGUCAUCACAACUACAAGGAAAAGAGGUUUUGUAA